AUGCGUAUAUAUGGCACAAGCGGCGUGGGCGUGGGUGUCGUUGUCCUGACGCUGUUCUGUCGGCCCGUGCCGGUGGCGGCGGCGGAAACGACAUUCCUCAACCACGCCUCACUGUUGACCGGCCGUGAGGAUCCUGACUGGUUCGAAGAAAACAUAGCCUUUCUCGACGUACCUGACGUACAAAUCCAGGCAGUGUACUACUACCGUUGCCAAACCUACAAGGAGCAUCUUGUCUACACUGGUGCCCAGUAUGGGUACAUGGCAAGCGAGUUUCUGCACCCGGUUGACUACGGCGCCCCCUACGGCGGCGUGGUGGCCGCCGCCGGACAUCACAUAAACGAGGGCCGCUGGCUGCGGAACUACCAGUACGGCCAGGACAUUGCCAACUAUUGGCUGGCCGGUCCCGGCACGUUCUCCAAGCCAACCACAGACAAGGUCAACGCCGACACUACCGACUGGGCCCAUGAGUACAGUUUCUGGGCUGCCAGUGCCCUCUGGCGUCAGUAUCUGACCACAGGCGAUAGAGACUUUGUUGUGGGCCAGCUGGAAAACCUGGUUAAGCAGUACCGCGGCUGGGACAACCACUUCAACAGUGCGAUUGGCCUGUACUGGCAGGUUCCGGUCUGGGAUGCCACCGAGUACACAGCUGCGUCGUACGAGUCGAGCGACCCAUACCAUGGCGGUGCUGGCUAG